UACAGGCCAUGCGGAUUGAGUUCAGUUCUUCACACACCUUCGAAGACGGCGCGACACACAUACCUACGCCUCCGCUCGUUUUGGUGCGAAAUUUUGUGAAAGUUUCGGUGUGAACUCGUGAAAAAGCCCUUCCCGAACCUGCAGUCGCCGCGUUGUGCGUGAAAGAGUUCGAAUUCAGUGUGACGCUUGCACAGUACGCACAAUACAAUGACGGAUAUCGCUAAUCUACAGCAACAGGAUAGCAGCAGCUACAGUGGCGGCGGCGACGGCGACGGUGAUCUGGCCGGCGGCAGCAGCAGCAUGACGACAUUCGACCAGAAUCAGGGCGGCGGUGGCCCGGUGCCGGAAGACGACGGCAACCAACCGCACUACGUACGGCUGCGAGGCCUCCCGUGGAGCAUCACCGAGGAUGAGAUCCGCAGCUUUCUGCACGGCGUCAACAUACUGCACGUGCACAUCUGCUUUCACCCGCAGACCAAGCGGCAAACCGGCGAGGCGUACAUUCGCGUGCCGACCCAGGCGGACCGCAACAAAGCGUUCUCGCGCAACAAGCAAACGAUCGGCCACCGGUACAUCGAGUUCUUCAACGCCACCGAGGAGCAGUUUGAGAUGGCGCUGCAGGAGAUGGACGAGGGCGAGAGCGGUGGUCCGGUGGUGAAGAUGCGCGGUCUACCCUGGACCAGCACCAAGGACGAUGUGAAGGCAUUCUUCCAGGGCUUGACGAUUAAGAAUGGAUAUAAUGGGAUACUUUUGCUACUGGACAACCUGGGACGGGCAUCUGGGGAGGCGAUUGUAGAGUUUGCAACCGAGGCCGAUGCUGAAACGGCCAUGGGCAAGCACAAAGAGAAGAUUGGGAACAGAUACAUCGAGCUGUUCCGCAGCAACACCGGCGAGAUGAGGCGCGCGGAAAAGCGCAUGCGACGCAUGGCUCCGUAUGCACGGAACGAUCGCAACUCGGGCGGUGGCAACUACUCGCAGAUGUCCGAUCCGGUGUAUGGGCAAGAUUACUCCGAUAAUACGAUGGGCUCGGGCGGUAAUAUGAGCGGCGGCUGGAAUGACCGUUCCAAUGGCGGUUACGGCAACGGUGGCAACGGGUACAACAGUGGCUCCAACAACAUGGGACAGAUGUACUCGCCGGGAAACAAUGGCAAUACGGGGUCGGGAAUGUCCAACAAUCUCGGCAACAUCGACAUCCUUCGUCUGCUGCAGGAUCAGCUAAUAGAGCGAGGUGGCGGCACCAACUACGGCUCGGGACGUAGCGGAAGCCCAUCCGGCGCGGGCAUGAACAGCGGUGGCGGCGGCGUUGGAGUCGGCGUGAGCAGCUACAACAGCGGGGGCGGCUACGGUUCCGGCACGGGCGGAAACUCGGGCGGUGGUGACAUGCAGUCCAUGAUGGGCAUGGACCGUGGUGGUGGCGUCGGCAAUGUGGCCUACCGCACGUCCGGCCCAAUGUCCAACAGCUACAGCAGCUACUCGUCCGGCAUGGGCGGCGGCAACAACUCCAGCAUGGGUUCGUACAACAACAGCAGCUACGGGUACGGCUCGGGCGGUGGCAGCGGCGGCGGUGGCAGCAGCGGCGGCGGCGGCGGCUACGGCUCCAUGAACAAUUACGCGAACAAUGACUUUGCGAGCGACGAGCCCAAUCUGUACUGUGUGCACAUGCGGGGCAUGCCGUUCAGCUGCGACGAGCAGGACAUGUACGACUUCUUCAUGCCGCUCCGACCGGUCAAGUGUGUGGUGCAGAUGAACAGCCGCAAGCGCCCGUCCGGCGAGGGCGACGCGUACUUCGAGACGAAGGAGGAAGCGAUCAAGGCGAUGCGCAAGGACAAGGAAAAGAUGGGCUCGCGGUACAUUGAGCUGUUUGCCGGCCAGCGUCAGUUCGGCAGCGGCGGUGGCGGCAUCGGCGGCGGCAGCCUCGGUGGUGGCAACUUGGGCGGCAUGGGCGGUGGCCAGUUCCCGAAGAAGUACUUUAACUGAUGAGACCGACGGUGGGACGAAGACGACGAUCGUCGAGGAGGCAGGAAGUCCGGUUUAAGAUGAGAUUCUUUACAUAUUCUUCACUUUCAUCCAUUCAUCAAUCGUGCGUGCGUGUGUGUGUAUGUGUGGAUUGGCUCCUCCAAUCGACGGCUCGCUUUUUUCUCUUCGCAAUGAGACGCUGGAGGUUCUAAUUACGGUUCCAUUCUAAACAUUAACCUACAACUCUAUACAUUUAUUGCUACAAUCCGUCUAUGUACCACCUUGUUUAUGUAUGUGUCUGUGUGUGUGUCUCUCUUCUCGCAAGGGAACAACCUGGCAAGAUGAUAUCGUUUAACUGUAGAAUGACAAAUCUUUUACACUUUCUGUUUUAAUUCACUGACCUGGGGCGCGCGCGCGCACCUGUGUUGGGUUAGCAGCUUGUUCUGUUUCGCUCUGUAGUCACCUUGUGUUUUGCUAGUAUCGAAUAAUGAGAGCAGGAAAUAAAACCAAUCGACUACUGAUACUUCUAUUCAACUCAAGUGUCUCUCGCCACAGGCGCCCCAGUGCUUGGGAGGAGCAGCUUUGAGGGUUGAGUGUUUCAUGCCACUUAAAAUCAUUUCUAUUGCGCGUGUGUGUAUGAGCCAGCCACGCGCCAAAUAGUUGCUGUAAGAGUCUAACCCCCUGGACGUUGUUGGUGUGUGGUAGUGGUGGUGGUGGUGGUAGUAUUGGUAAAGAUGUUAAUACUUCUGCAUGUGUCGCGAAAGUUGAAGAAAAACUAGAUGGCGAAUGGAUAAUGUAAUAGCUAUUAAGGAAAAAAACACUUUAAUGAGGUAGGAUCGCGCAGCAAGAGAAGAGGACUCGACUCAAUUUAUAUAUAUGGUAACACAGAGGAGCCGGCAGUAGCAGCAGCAUCUACAAAUCAACGGAAUCCGUAAAAAAACACACAAACACAUACGCUAAACGAGCACACAGAAAAGCAAACAUGAGGAGUUUUUAGUUCUGCUCCGUGGCUAUAGUGUAAUUCUUUAUUAUUUUUUUUAAUAUUAAUAAAAUCUACAAUUUACAAACCACAA